CGGGAAACAAGGUAUAUAAGCAGUGUCUGAAGCACAAGUCGCCAGCUUCUUUUUGCCAGUCUUUCUCAAUUCUCUCAGCACCCUCCUCCUCAGCAUACAAUCCAGCACCAUGACCAAGCCUAUCACAGUCUGGAUGACCCCUCCCGGUCCCAACCCUUGGAAGGUAGAUUACCUUGACUGGAAGCCCGCCACACGAAAGUACUGUACUGACGGCCCACUCAGGUCGUCCUCAUCCUCGAAGAACUCCAAGUCCCCUACGAGAUUCAAUCCUUCCAAGUUCGACGAUAUUAAGAACCCACCCUUCGUCAACAUCAAUCCCAACGGCCGAGCCCCAGCAAUCGUCGACCCCAACCCCAACCUCACUCUGUGGGAGUCCGGCGCCAUCAUCCAGUACCUGAUCGAAGUCUACGACCCCGAGAAGAAACUCACCUACACGACCCUCCACGAGCGCCACUUACUAAACCAGUACCUGCAUUUCCAGAUGAGCGGGCAGGGUCCGUACUUUGGUCAAGCCGCAUGGUUCAACGUUUUCCACCCGGAGAAACUCCCCACCGUGAUCGACCGCUACGCCAACGAAGUCCGCCGGGUCCUUCGCGUGCUGAACACGGUGCUCAAGGGCAAGACCUGGCUCGUGGGGGACAAACCGACCGUUGCGGAUUUGGCGUUUGUGCCGUGGAACGGACUGGUGAAUUUUCUCCUGCCGGGGGAGGAUUACUGGACGCCGUAUCCACAUGUGGAGGCGUGGCAGCGACGGAUGGAGGAGCGGGCGUCGUGGAAGAAAUGCCUCGCGUUGCGGGCACCGUUGAUGGACGAGCAGGGGUUGCAGCCGAAUGGGAUGCCGAAGGGGUUGUCGAAUGCUAAGGAGUACGAUGAGGUGAUUGCGAGGAACGCGGAGGAGCAGAAGAAGCAGUAGAAAGUGCGUUGGGGGGCUUGAUUUCUUGUUUUUAUUGUAUCGCACGAAUGUCACUCAUAGCUAUGUAUGCA